GGAAACUGAUAUCAAUGAGGAAAUGGCAAUGGCUCUUAAAAGUUUAAGUGGAACACAAAAUGUUUCAUUGGAUUUUUUAAAUGAGAAAUUACGAGCAUGGAAAAUAGUUCUUGAUAAAGGAACUGAAGUAUUAAAUGAUGAUGAGCUUAAAAUUAAGAAAGAUUUUUUGAAAACUGAUGAAAUUAUUUUUUCAAAAUUGGAAACAUCGCGGCGGCAUCUAUAG